CAUCCUAACGUUUGUUAUCUAUCUUCACACAUUCUAUUUUGCACGGUCCUUCCGUCUCUUGUACGAUACCACACAUGUUUACCAGUAAUCGCUUUCACGCGUACAGUGUUCUGGUGAGAGGACCUGAAGGAAGGAGACCACUAAAAAUAUGUGUACCUAUACGUAGAUGGGAGGAUAAUAAUAAAGUGGAUGUCAAAUAAAGAAUAUAUAAGGAUUUGCCUAUCUCAGAACAGGGACCAGUGGCAGGCUCUAUUGAACACGAUGCACAUGCAAAAGCAGUUUUGGGACCUCUAGGCAAAUGAUGGUUUCCUGGUUUGGCACAUAUGAAAUGUUGCAGGUAAUCUGCAUGUCAGAGAGUAGUCCUGGGCCCAGGUAAUGGCCACGUUGCCUUUGCGACAUGGUUGUGAGGACCACUGGACAUGGAAUCGGCGAGACCGCAGUGAUGAAGUACGGCUAUAUGGUCCUGGUCUCCGGGUAGCUCACUUCCAUCCCAACUGGAGCAGUGGUACAGCAGGUGUAAGGGGCACCAGAGUCCUCAACAAUGGACGCUAUUACUGGGAACUCGGCAUAUCGCAACGGAUUUUUGGCACAAGUAUGAUGUUUGGUAUAGGCACAAGACGUGCACGGUUGCAUGUAGAUGCAUUCACAAACUUGCUGGGUGAGGAUGAACAUGGCUGGGGCCUGUCACAUAAAGGUCUGCUGUGGCAUGGUGGACGAUGGACGCAUUACACAAAACCAUUCAGAGAGAAUGAAGCCACAACUGUGGGUGUGCUAUUUGAUGGCAUCACAGGUACUUUAACAUAUUACAAAGAUGGCACUUGUCUUGGAAUUGCUUUCAAAGGACUGAAUGAUGUGCGUGAACCGCUGUAUCCCAUAGUGUGCUCAACGGCAGCCAAGACAGAAAUGACACUCACUCUUAUGAAGAGGGAUUUUGUAAAUCUUCAGGACAGGUGUCGUGCAGUAAUUCUUAAACAAGUGAGUUCUCAGGCACAGCUUGAUAAACUGACUCUGCCUCCACGUAUUAAAGGAUACUUGAGUGAACCAAUGGCAGAUACUGUGCAGCCAUUUCAACCAGUCAACAAAUAUGUGAAUUCAGUGUAAGAAAUGAAAGUCUACUAAAUAUUCCAUGUUAGCCACUCAGUUUUUCCGAAGUGACAGUGAGUAAGUGUUUAAAGUGGACUAGAAAACAAAACAGUACCAUGUAAAAUUAUCUGGAUGAAACAAUGUAACCCACAGAAGCGAUGCUUGGAUUUAAACAGAAAACAUUCCACUGAUACAACAGGUGACUUGCUUCCAUGUCCUUACAAGGUAAAAUACUGGAAAAUUAAGUACAUUCCAGUAAAAUUAGUCCAUUUUCAACUAGUGAGAACUGUGAUUUAUGCUGGUCAUUUGGUACUGUUAGGAUGAAAGUGAGGAUAUGAUGAGUUGGCAAUGUUGACAGGAUGGGGUAGGUAUACAAUACAUACAUAAUUUUGGUGAGAAAAUCUCCUGGAAGAUGUCCACUUGAAAGACUGAGAAUGAAAUGGAUAAUGUUUUUGGGGACAGGCUUCAAGUAUUAGGGGUGAAUGGGAUUGGGUUAGAGUGUUAGCAAAGCACUGAAUUGGACAAAUGAGUUUUAUACUGAAAAUAUUGCAGACAGCACUGAGUUUGAGUGAAAACUUAUAUGUGCAGUAUGAAUUACAUGGAGUGGCUAUCCAUUUCCAUGUUUUUUUUGUAGUGCACAACUACUGAAAUCCUAAUUGGUUACAUUAUUAUAUUCCAUCAACUGCAAAGAUUUUUGCAGUGCAGAAAUAAAGGCAGUUGGCAAAUAAGUAAUACACCUGCCCUACUAGUUCUGUAUAUCCCUAAUGCACAGAUGUAACAGAAACACUAUUGAAUAUUUGGAAAGAAGUCAAGAGUACACCUCUGUCAAUUUAAUUUUGACAGAACAGUUUAAAACAUUGACCUUAUAUUAAGAGCUUUGAAAUUCAUAUAACGGACACAUUUAUAGGAAAGAUUUAACACAAAUUUAUGAUUAAAAGAGCAUAUUUUCUGCCUAUCUGACUGCCCUAAUAAUUACAGUAUGGAAUUCUACAUCUGUUGACCAAUAAUAAAAUUUAUGAGUUAUUUUUACAGUACAAAUAGCAAUUCCAAGACACAAACAAGGGACUUUGGGGUUAUUAGUCAUAUGGUAAAUGAUUUUCAUUGGGUGAGGGUUAAGACAGUUAGCAACAGUUUUCAUAAUUCAUACCUACUUCCUGUAGUUUUUGGAUUUCAACACAAUUUAUUGAAAAUUAAGCACUGUCAGCAUUUAUUUCGAUAACCUUUUACUGUGUUCAAAAAUGGGAAACAAAGACACAAGUGUAAGAUGCAUAGACAAGUUAGAGGCUUAUGUUUUCAGGUGUUUAACAAUUUCACGUGAGAGGUGCAGAAUAGUUGGCAAGUGAAUGGUGUUUCAAAAUCACAAGAAUGUCCCACUAUGCAUGCGGUAUCAGACUGGAAAAUCAAGUUCAAGUGUAACAUCUU